AUGACAACCAACCGGGCAGCAUGGCUAAUGUCCAAGCAAGCAAAGCCUUUCACAAUCGGUGAAGCACCAAUGCUGAAGCCCAAGAAAGGCGAAGUCAUCAUUCGCAACUAUGCUAUCGCCAUGAAUCCGGUCGAUGCCGGCAUCCAAAACAUGGGCAUCCUCUGGGAAGAGUACCCUGCCAUCAUCGGCAGCGACCUAGCCGGUGAAGUAUUCCAAGUCGGACCGGGAGUCACUGGCUUGCAGAAAGGCGAUCGUGUCAUUGCCUGUGUAGGAGAGGGGGCUUUCCAACUGUACACAGCUGCAGACAUUCGCCUGGUCGCAAAGCUGCCAGACAAGAUCUCGUAUGCGCAAGGUGCAGUCUUACCACUGGCGCUCACUACAGCGGCGAACAUCUUCCACCCAAACAACCUCGGGCUUUCUCCACCACAAUUGAAUCCCAAGCCAAACAAUCAUACGAUGCUGGUCUGGGGCGGAGCGUCAGCGGUUGGAAGCUGUGCCAUACAGAUGAUCAAAGCUGCGGGCUACGAUGUGAUCACCAUCGCCAGUCCCCGGAACUUCGGUUACUGUAAGGAGUUGGGAGCGUCUGCAGUCUUCGAUUACAAGGACGAAACCAUCGUGGAAAGGAUCGUUGAGGCAUUCGAGGGCAAGCACUUCGCCGGUGCCUUCCGUGCAAUCUUCGUCUCUCCUGGUGUCAUCCGCGACUGCCUGCAAAUCGCGGAUAAGCUCGGUCGAGACGAGAAGACGAGAGUUGUCUCUACUGUGCUUCCUUCGAAUAUGCCGUACACGGACGCGGUGGCAAAGCUCCUUGGUGGUGUGGCUCCAACACCGAACGACAUCGGACCCGCAACAUGGGGUCGAUGGAUGACUCCUGCUCUCGAGAAGGGCCAGUUGAGGUGUAAGCCUGAGCCCGAGGUUGUGGGCACAGGUCUUGAGGCGAUCCAGGAGGCCGUCAAUGAAAUUGGCGCAGGCGUGUCUGCGAAGAAGAUUGUAGUAGAGCUUCCAUAG